UCAAAUCCUAAGCAAUCUUUGUCUGUAAAGAAAGUUCUAAUCGCCAUGGAAGCUACUUCACAGCCAAGAUUCUCUCAGAAUUAUCUCAGAUCAUCUGAAAACUACCAUUCGAUCCGGAAGCAACCUGCAAAGCCAUGGAAAAAACCCGUAACAGCUUCACUUCAACGGAUGCAUCCUAGAGUUUACCGAGUCGAGCCUGUUAACUUCAAGGAGUUGGUUCAGAGGUUAACCGGUGCACAAGACCACGAGCCAGAGGUACAUCAAACAGAGGCUAAACCACUCAAGAUUUCUGAUGAAACAACAGCUAAUGAGAAUCCAUUCGCGUUUGAUCUGUCACCAUCAUCAUCUCGAUUCUGGGAAGCUUUCCCUCUUCUCAGUCCAGCAAAUCUUUCAAGAUGGUAGCAAAAAAGAAUAGCAAAUUCUUUGAAAUUAGAGAGACUUGUAUAUGAGAUUUGUUAUAACUCUUUGUCUCUUUCAAUAUCACCAUUUGAAACAUUGUUAUGUAUACAAACUUGUUGUUACUGUUACAUUACAAAAACGCCAUUUCAAAGA